CACUAAACGAGAAUUUCUGGGAAUCAAAAACGAAAUUCAACUUUCCAUAAAUCGUAUUGACUAAAAAGGGUUCUCAAAAUUUCCGAAAAUCUUCAAGAUUAUGUUUCAAAAACACCAUCCAUCUAGGUUUCAGAAACAUGCUCUGUUUUCUCUUCAUAAAACAGAGGAACCAAUUUCAAAAGUUAUCUCACGGAUGAAGCUAUUGUCCAAUACCCAGUUUUCUUUUCCUGUUAAUGAACACUUGUACAACAUUUUGGUUGUUCUUUUUAAAGCAUUAUUGGUCUUGUUCUGUGCUCUGUUCCCACUCCUCCUCGGCUACUUCAGGUACUUCAAAACCUCCAACCACAAACAGCCUCUGUUUGAAGAAAAUUGUGAUGAAGCUUUACAAGAAAGUUUCAAUCAUAAUGAAAUUGAAACGCCCUUUUCAGCUUUAAGCUUUCGGUUUCCAACUUACGAAGAAUUUUUGACAAAUAGAGAGAAUGUUGAUUCAGUCAGAUCCGAUACUUCAAACGAAAGCGAUUUUCUUGAAGAACACUGCUCGAUUCCUUCCAAUCCUGAUCCAAAUUUCAGUCUUCAUCCCAAAGAAGUCUCAGAAAAUGUUUCUCCAAAUGGUUUGGAUUGCACCAAUGAUGUCAGAAUCGAAGACGAUAAUGGGUUUGACGAAUUUGAUGACUCUAUCGAAGCUAGUAAAAUUGAAGACUCUGCUGAAAUCGAGUCAGAAGAUGAUAACUUUAUAAAAGCUUUACAAAUUCAGAUUAUGAAAGCCAAAGCCGACGCCAAAGCCAAAUCUGUUCUGCCAUCAAUUCCCGAAGAAUCAGAGUACCCAAUAACAAAUGAAAACGAUUUAAAGCCAUGGAAGAAAGAAGAAAGCUUCAAUCAUAGAGACUCAAUAAAAGAACUCCACAUAUUCCACAAGCUAUACAUAGAAAAGAUGCGAAAGUACGACACCUUAAAUCACCAAAACACGUACGCAAAAGAGUUGAGAAGGAUGCAAUCGAAGGAGUCGGUGGAAUCAGUUUUAUCGAGAGGGUUUUGUGGGUGUAAGCCAGAUAAGAAAACAGGGGAAACCAGAGGAAUUGAUGAGGAACUGGAGUUGGUGUAUGUAAUGCAAUUAUGGGUUUCUUGGGAGUUUAUUGUGUGGCAGUACAAGAAAACCUUGGAGAUUUAUGGCAGAGAAGGUUAUGGAGGUUGCAUAUUCAAUGAAGUCGCUGAGAAAUUUGAGCAUUUUCAAGUGAUGAUUCAGAGAUUUAUGGAGAAUGAAUCGUUUGAUGAAGGAUCCAGAGUUGAAUGUUAUGUUAGAAAUCGACUUGCUAGGAGAAAGCUUCUGCAAGUCCCUCUCGUCAAACGUGAGUCAAAUGAAGAUGAAGUGAAAAACAAUAAGAACAAAGGAGGAACAGAAGAAGAUGACAAGGAAAAUGCAGUUAAAAUCGAUAGGCUUAUAAAGAUACAACAAGAAUCCAUAAGAAUCUUGUGGCAGUUCAUUGAAGCAGACAAACUUGUUCAUAUAUCAACUUUAAAGUGUUGUUUAGAAGCAAAACAAGAAUGUACAAGUCCUUCACAUUCCAAGAUUCAAACACAAAUUCUUUUACACCUCCAAAAAAAAGAGAGAAAAUUGAGGAAGAUAGUAAAGAGAAAAAAGUGCAUGUUGAAGAAUUGCAAAGAGGAUAUAGAAGAAGAUGACCCAAAUGAUGAUGAACUUUGCUUCUUAACAAUGGUGGAUUUGAAGUUGGUGUCGAGGAUGUUAAAUAUGAAGAGGAUUACAAGAAACCAGCUUAGUUGGUGUCACCAUAAAUUGAGUUGCAUUACUUUUCCAAAUGGGAAGAUUGAAAUACGGCCUUCUUCAUUUCUCUUUUCUUCCUCUUAAGUUUUGUUUUGCUUUUGUAUUUUUAAUAUAUAUAAGCCUAGAUUAGCAAGUUUUUGAGUUAAUGUCAUUUAUGUUUGAAUUGUAAAAGGAAAGUUAGCUGCUAGAGAAAGUUAUUAAAAGCUUCAAAAGGGUAGGUUCUGUUUUUUUGUAACCAAACUUUGU